AUGCCCUUAGAAGUUGAAGUAGGGGACAACAAAAGCUUCAUAGUUUGUGAUAUUUGUCGAAGUUGUAAAUUAAACAUUGAUGAUGAAGAAUACUUAAUAGACUUAAUCCCGAUGUCAAUGGGGGAAUUUCAAGUAGUCGUUGGGAUGUAUUGGCUAUCUCAGCACCACGCAAAGGUUGUGUGUUUUCGUAAGGAGAUAAAGCUAAAAUCUCCAAGCGGAAAACACGUUACAAUUUAUGGCGAAAAGGGAGGCAAUCCUAUAAUAUGCUCGUUGAUGAAAGAUCACAAGCUCAUGAGGCGUGGAUGUAAAGUAUUUAUGAUAUACGCAAAUGAGACCGAGAAAGAACUACCGAAGAUUGGAGACGUACCCGUGGUAUGUGACUUUGAAGACGUAUUUCUGGACGAUUUACCGGGAAUGCCACCCGAGCGGGAGGUAGAGUUCGGAAUCAAACUGAUUCCGGGCGCAAAACCUGUAGCUAAAGCUCCAUACCGACUCGUGCCAUCGGAAUUACAUGAGUUGAUGUAA